CGGGCCUCCCGUCAUGCGCCGCGGUACUGGCUGUGGCGGCAGCGACGGAGGUGGCAGUAUGGAAGGCGAGAGCACGCUGGGGGUGCUGUCUGGUUUCGUGCUCGGUGCGCUCACCUUCCAGCAUCUCAACACCGACUCCGACACGGAAGGUUUUCUCCUCGGUGAAAUGAAAGGUGAAGCCAAGAAUAGCAUUACUGAUUCACAAAUGGACAAUGUUAAAGUUGUUUAUACAAUUGACAUUCAGAAAUAUGUCCCUUGCUACCGGCUUUUUAGCUUUUAUAAUUCUUCAGGUGAAGUUAACGAGCACGCACUGAAGAAGAUUCUUUCAAAUGUCAAAAAGACUGUGGUGGGUUGGUACAAAUUCCGUCGUCACUCGGAUCAGAUACUGACAUUCAGAGAGCGGCUGCUCCACAGAAACUUACAAAAGCGUCUUUCAAGUCCAGAGCUUGUCUUUCUGCUGUUGACGCCAAGUAUAACAACAGAGAGCUGCUCCACUCACUGCCUGGAGCACGCCUUAUAUAAACCUCAGAGGGGGCUUUUUCACAGGGUACCUUUGGUGGUUGCCAAUCUGGGGAUGUCUGAUCAACUGGGUUACAAGACAGAAUCUGCUUCCUGUACAUCCACUGGCUUUAGCAGAGCAGUGAGCACACACAGUUCUCAGUUUUUUAAUGAAGAUGGAUCAUUAAAAGAAGUACAUAAAAUAAACGAAAUGUAUGCUGCUAUACAAGAAGAAUUAAAGAGUGUAUGCCAAAAAGUUGAACAAAGUGAACGAGAAGUAGAGAAACUAAUGAUGGAUGUAAACCAAUUAAAAGAAGUUAGAAAAAAACAGCAAGCACAGGUUAAAGCAGCAGGAGAGAAGAAUGUCCAAACCAAUCCCCAGGAGAACGUUCUUCUUUGUCAAGCUUUACGAACCUUUUUUCCGGAGUCUGAAGUUCUUCAUUCUUGCGUUAUUUCUUUGAAAAAUAGGCGUACUUCUCAAAGUGGGUGUAACAUUAACCACUGCCUUGAUGUGGUGGAUAAACUGACCUUGAUGGUGGAGUAUGUUUACAGCCCUGACGCUAGUCCAGAGCCUGCAGCCCAGCUGACUAAGCGGAAAGCUCUAGACACGCAAGACCAGUGGCCUAUGAAGAAACCACGGCUGCUAGAGGCAGAAAGCAGAGCUGUGAGCGAUUCCCACAGCAGUCACCCAGACAAGGCCUCCUCAAGCAGCCUAGAUAUGGACACAGAGAUGGGGAGCAUGGGAGAUGAUGCUGAAUAUCCUCGCUCUCCCACAUUUUGAUCCUUUUUAGGUGAUAUUUUUUACUGAGAUUCAGGCCACUUGUUUCUAUUUUUCCUUUCUGCUUAUUAGAAUAACACAUAGAACAGUU